CUUGCAUCGACAGUUUUCCAUGAAAAGCAACUAAAAAUGUUGCCACUAGUUUGGGUGACUCUGCUAAUCCUCGCCAGAGCUUCGGCCGAUGAGACAACAGUGCCGAGAAUAAUGCCCAGGAUAUUCAAUGGGGAAGAGACGAGCAGCGGUAACCUUGGCGGCAUUGGCGUCCAGGUAUUCUACAUUAAGAAGCUCGUCUGCUCGGGCACCAUCCUGUCAACGCGACACAUUCUGACGGCUGCCCACUGCUUUGACGUUGGGAACCGGCAAUGGUUCCACGUGGUGGCGGGACACACGAACCAGUUCGAAGGCCACACGAAGACCUCAACAAAGAACGUGCUCAUAAAGAUCAAGAUUCAUCCCGAAUAUAACAAAGAGAAGUUCAUAGCGGACAUAGCCGUGGCCAAGACUUUCCUAACGCUGAAGAGCAAUCGCAUUGGCUAUGCCACCAUCUGUCGCUCCCAGCUCUUUCCCAAGGAGUUUGUCACCGUCGCCGGCUGGGGCGUCGAUGGCCGAACCGGGCUCGGAGUCCGCAAUAGGCUGCACACCAUUCGAGUGCCAAUCGUGGAUAGGAUGUCCUGCGAGCGCGCCAUUGGCCGCCGCAUUCCGCCCAACGUGAUCUGCGCCGGCGGCUACGAACAUCGCACCCUCUGCGACGGCGACUCCGGUGGACCACUGUUGCUCAUGAAGGAGGUGUGCGGCGUCAGCGCCUGGACGUAUGAGUGCGGGGAAUCCACAAAGCCUGACAUUUUCAUGAGUGUCAAGUUCUAUGCCAAUUUUAUCAAAAACACAAUGAAGGAAUUGGGCUACUAAAGGAAAAAGUGAAGUCAGUCAGGGAGAAGGUUACGCUGCCCAUUGUACCCCACACAAAAACUAGAAUUUCUAUACACCCUACAGAUAACAGAAAUAUUGUAUGUAAAUCAGUCAGGUAGUCCUUAAUCUCAUGGGCAAUAAAAUACAACCGUAAUAAGGAAA